ACCUCCCUCCCGGAAACGCCAAAGCCCCCUGCCGUGUGUUCCCCCUUGCAGGAAAUGGCGCGGCCCAGCCUGGGUCGGAUCCUCCCUGGCUCCUCCAUCCUCUUCCUGUGCGACAUGCAGGAGAAAUUCCGAACCACCGUCGCCUUCUUCCCUGAGAUUGUGUCGGUCGCCGCCCGGAUGCUCCAGGCGGCCCGGAUCCUGGAGGUCCCCGUGGUGCUCACAGAGCAGUACCCUCAAGGCCUGGGGUCCACCGUGCCCGAACUGGGGGCCGGGGGGCUGCGCCCGCUGUCCAAGACGUGCUUCAGCAUGGUGACGGCCGAGGUGGAACGGGAGCUGGGAGCUCGGCCCGGGCUGCGCUCCGUCUUGCUCUGCGGGAUCGAGGCCCAGGCCUGUAUCUUGAGCACGACUUUGGACCUGCUGGACCGCGGUUUGGAUGUCCACGUAGUGGCCGACGCCUGCUCCUCUCGCAGUCAGGUGGACCGACUGCUGGCCCUGUCGCGGAUGCGGCAGAGCGGAGCCUUUGUGACCACCAGCGAGAGCCUUAUCCUCCAGCUGGUGCGCGACGCGGCUCACCCUCGCUUCAAGGAGGUUCAGAAACUCCUCCGGCACCCGGCCCCAGACAGUGGCCUCCUCGCUCUCUUCCAAGGCCAGGGCUCCAUUCUCGGUUGACCGUCCCCCGACUCCGGUCCCACGGCACGACGCCCUGGAUCUCCAUCGCUCCUCUCCCAGGCUCGGCCAAGAGUGGUCCCGCCCUCGCCAAACAGCUACCCCACACUCCCGGGAUGCCCCGCCUCACCCCGCUGGAGUGAUUGAGGUUGGGGGGAGCUCCCGUUUUGCAGAAUGGUAAUCAUAAUAAUAAUAAUCAUGGCAUUUAUUAAGCGCUUACUAUGCGCAAAGCACUGUUCUAGGCGCUG